AUGUUUAAGCAAAAUGACUAUCCAAAAGAAAAUAUCUAGAUCCUUAAUGAUAUUUUCCAGGAUUUAUAUUGGAAAGAAAGCAUUAAUUUGAAAUCUGAUUUAACUCAAACUAACGAUACUUAAGAAUAAGCCCAAAUUAUGAAUAGUUUAAUUUUUUAAUUCUAAAAAAAUAAAGAAUUCGAUGUAGAUUUGUUUGCAAUAGCACUCAAAUUAAUUUUAGGAUUAAUUAAAAAAAGUGUUCAAAAAAAUAGGAAAAGAAUUUAAAUAAGAUCAUGGAAUCAUUAUGCUAAGUAAAUAUUAAUUUUAAAAAGAAAAUACAUGAGAGAGUUUGAAGUUGUAAAACUCUAUUUAUAAAUCCUUUAUUUUAUUGAUCAAGAUUAAGAGUAAAUUGAAGAUUAAAUUAAGAUAAUAGCUGAAAUAUAUAAAAAUUAUUCGCAUGAUUAGGAUAUAUACUCAUUAAUGAUUGAUUUAAUAUCUGAAAGAUGUUUCUAAAAGUAAAAAAUACAUCCACUAUAUUAGUUUUUAGGAGUCCUUAAUGGUUGUUUCUUAUCGAUAAUGUGUGUUAAAUAAUUAUUGAGAAUUAUUAAAACCUCCCAAUAAAUAUAAGAUCUCUCAGAAUUUUAAAUAAAUUAUUCCUUAAAAAUUCAGAUUUCACAGUUAUCCAAAAAUAUGGAUUGUUAGGUAUAUAAAUAUUUUUAUCAGAUCACAUUCAAAAUGUUGUUUAUCUUUAUAUUGAUAAUUAAACUUUAUGUGGAGAAGUUACAAAGUUUUUGUCUAUCUUAGUAAAUAGACACAACCAAGAAUUUCUGUAAAUUUUUGUAAGAUUUAAUUUUAUAAUAUCAAUUUUUAUAUAACAUUUAGAAAAUGAUUAAAUAGUUUUUAAUACUAUGAAAAUUUUGGGAUGUUUUUUAGAUUAAAAAGCUUUUUCAUCAGGUUUUGUCAGUAUGGAAGUAUUAAGAUUAUUUGCUGAGUGGAGUAAUAAAAUAAAUAUUCAAAAAUCAAAUUUAAGAAAAAUAUCAACAACUUCUUUAAUUAUGUUAUUAAUAAUUGAGUUUUUAAUCGUUGAAAAUAAAAUCUCUGAAGUAUAAAUUGAUGAAUACUUGGUAAAAUUUUGCAUAAAUCUUAUCUCAUGUUUAGCAAACGAUGAGUAGAUAUGUAUCAAAGUUUAUUAAAUUAUUUGCAAAUAUACAAUGAACAAAAAUAUUAUUAACUAACUAUUCUAGUAAAAUACUUUUUAGAGAAUUGAAAAUUCCUUUUUUGUUUUGAAACAUGGAAAAUAAUUUUAAUUAAUUAUGAUUUAAUUUAUAAAUUCUUUGAUAUUAAAUGAUAUUGAAAAAAUUGAUAUCGUGAUUACAUCUAUUUUAUCACAAUAAAUACUAAUGUCAAUUUAAAAUAAUUAUUAAAGUGAUGAAUAUGAAGAAAUUGAUAUUUAAAUUUUAUUUGAAAUGCUCCGUUUUAUAUCUUUAAUUAGCUUAGAUAAUAUUAAAUGUUUAGUAAUUUGGAACACUGAUCGUAUUUAGAUGUUUUUUUAUGAAGUCUAAUAGACAUCAUUGAGAAAGGAUUAAAAAAUAAUUGAAAUAUUUUUUAAUAUAUUAUCAAUAUAUAGCCAACUUGAAAUAGUUUAAGAUUUCUUAAUUAGAAACACAAAUGCAUUAUUAGAAAUAAUUGAGGAAAACAUUUUAAUGUUUGAAAUUUGUGAUGAUUAUGCAGUAAAUUUUAUAUAAAUUCUAGCAUAUCUUGUAAAAUCUGAUAAAUAAUUAAAAUAAUAAUAUUCAUUUGAUUAUAGAUAAGUAUGUGCCACUAAGUUUAGCAAUAAUAAAAAAUUAGCCAGAACAGUAAACUUUAGUUUUGAAAUUUUUUGAUAUGUUCGAAUAAAUUUCAAAAAUAGAUUUGUAAACUCGAUUAAGGAUUUAGGAUCUGUGCUAAACAGUUAUAUAAGAGUUUGAGCAAGAAAAAUUUAUUCAGUAAAACUUAAAUAACUAUAGAGUCCUUAUCUUAACACUUUGAAUGAGUAUAUAGGUCGAUGUUCCUUUUCUUAUUAAAACUUAUUAACAAAAGAAGCAAGAGAUUAUUUAGUAAAUGGAAUUGAUUGUAAAUUGUAAGAAUUUUAUAAAAAUUUAAGAUAUAAAGAUGAUGGUUCUGUAUCAAAUUUAUUAGUAUUCAUAACUCCAGAUCUAGCUUCAAUAUGGUGCAAGCAUCAUGGUGAUUCAAACACUAAAUAGAAAUGGAGACUUGCAACUAAACACGUGAUUUCAAUUAAAGACUAUUUAAAUGAUAUUGAAGGAUGGAGAUUAUCACCUUUUAGAAAAUUCGGAAAGAAAAGUAAAUUAUAUUGAAAUAUAUGUAGAAAUUGAUAUAAACAGUUGUUUUACUAUAACAGGUAAUAUUAUUUUGAACAAGCAGAUAUAAUUGUAAAAUUUUCAUAUUUGUGCACCGACAGCAUAAGACAAAUAUAAGAUGUUUGAAUAUUUAAGGGCACUUGUCUAAAUAAAUUGA